UAGAAAUUUAUCAGAGGCGGCCUCAAUCAGACACGGUGCUUCUGCCUCCCAAACUCUCCUGGCCGCUUGGGCGUUGGGUUUGAUGGCCAGAUCGUAAGGGACGGGCCUGCCCGAUGAGGCGUGGAUGCUUAGGUAGGAAACACCUCGGGUGGUACCUCGAUAAGCCCGGUCUGGUAGCUUUGGGCUGCUGCACUGCUGGCAAUUUCCCCUGUGCCACAUUUGAAGGUAUUUUGCAUGUGACCUGACAUCACCCCCCUGAACACCUCCAGAAUACAUGGAUGACCUCAAUCACGCUACCCACUUCUACUUUCGGGCUACUCCAGAUCCCCUUUGUGUUCUUUGCUGAGUGUGAGGGCUGCCGAGUUCCUUUCCAGAAACGCCCUUCUUUCCUACACGCCAUCACGUCGAGAUUGUUGCAACUACUGCCUUCGUUUCUCACCUAAUCUUAUCUUCACAUCCUGCUGGGCGGGCCUGGCUGCGAGCGUGGAAUGGGCGUCACGCCCACACGAUCUCGACAAUGCCAGUUCCUUUCUUGGGGCGGCUGAACGUUACCGAAUAUGUCGCCCUCGUUGGUUCCUUCAUUCUCGUCGGCUUCGAGGCCAUCGUUCGAGUCCUGACCCUCGCCCUUCCAACCUCCAUCAUCUCGCUCUUUUACCGAGCAUCCCGCCGCUUAUUCAACUCACUGUCCUCUCCCGCCCAGAAAAGAGCUGAGGAGAGAAGGGCGCCCAUCUCAACCUCGAUCCGCGAUGCCUCGGACUUUGUCGAACUCUGCGCAAUUGCUGGCUAUACGGCCGAGGAGCACGUCGUGCAGACCAAAGAUGGGUACCUUCUCGGUGUCCACCGCCUCGCCUGGAGGAAAGGGGAGGAAGACCGACGGGUCAACGACGGCCCGAACAGCAUUCCCAAGCCUGUCGUCUAUCUCCACCACGGCCUUAUGAUGAAUAGCGAGGUCUGGGUGUGCCAGACCGACGCGCAGCGAUCGCUUCCCUUUGUGCUUGUGGACAGGGGUUUCGAUGUCUGGGUUGGCAACAACCGUGGAAACAAGUACUCCAAGAAGAGCAUCCACUGCGGCCCGAACUCGACGCAAUUCUGGAACUUCUCUAUCGACGAGUUUGCCUUUUACGAUAUCCCUGACAGCAUCGCCUACAUCCUCGAGACUACCAGACAGCCUUCGCUCUCGUACAUCGGCUUCUCUCAGGGAACUGCUCAGGCGUUCGCCAGCUUGGCCGUGCACCCCAAGCUGAACCAGCAGAUCAACGUCUUCAUCGCCCUGGCCCCUGCCAUGUCGCCCGCAGGCCUGUCUAACGGAAUCGUGGACGCUCUCAUCAAGGCAUCCCCGUCGGUCCUGUUCCUUCUGUUUGGCCGACGCUCCAUACUCAGUUCCGCGACCAUGUGGGAGUCGAUCCUUUACCCACCCAUUUUCAUCCGCCUCAUCGAUAUGGGCCUCACGUUCCUCUUUGGCUGGCGCGCGCGCAACAUGUCGACUAGCCAGAAACUCGCCGCGUACCCUCACCUGUACUCGUACACCAGCACCAAGUCGGUGGUACACUGGUUCCAGAUCAUCCGCACCAAGAGCUUCCAGAUGUACGAUGACGACGUCCACCCGCCCUUGUCUCUUAGUAGGAGCUCAAAGUUCACCAAGGUGGCCCGGUACCCGACGCGCAACAUUAAAACCCCUAUCGUCCUGGUCUAUGGCGGCUCGGACUCGCUUGUCGAUAUCCGUGUCAUGCUGCGCGAGCUCCCGCCGCAGACGGUAGCCACCGAGAUCCCGCACUACGAGCACCUCGACUUCCUCUGGGCGCGCGAUGUGGACAGCCAGGUCUUCAUGCAUGUUUUUGACGCCCUCGAGAGCUUCAAGGGUGUGGAGCACACGACCGAAGAGUACAGCCGCUUCCGCUCAGCCCGCUCGACAAGCAUCGGCGCCAGCGGCUCCCUCCGCCGACACACGUAUCGCGACAGCGAGGACAUGCCACUCGCCACCGUUAGGGUGCUCGCCGAGUUUGCAGAGGAGCAGGAAGGGACGACGGAGGCCGAGAGCGACUCUGGCGCCACUCUUGUCAAUGGACGCCCCGGCCCGGUGAGGCCGAGGCUGCAGCACCAGGCUACGGAAGGACUGCGGGACCCGGACAGCAGGUCAGUGUCACACGAGCCUGGUAAUUGCGCCGCCGAGCCUCUCGAGCCUGUGUCGCCACGGCCAUGCACUCCACAGGGUCAGGUGGAGGGAGCUGCAGCGGGGACGCCCGAGGGCGAGGCCCUGAGCUCCCCGGUGCGAGUAUCCGGCGGCAGUCUUCAGUCCAGGAGCGGGACAAAGCAUGGGACAUCGCGCACGUCUAGCAACGUGAGCUUUAACGACAAGCGCGGGAUUCAGCUCGGGGUCGGGCGAGCCAUCGGAGGUGUCGUCACGGCCGCCGUCGCCGGCGCGGAGCCCGGAAAUGUCAGCAGCGGGACCGACUAGAAGACGAGCCCGGGGCGACUGAGGCUGGCGCCAAGGGCCUUGCGACAGCCAUCAACACCUGCAUCACAAUCUCCCUCUUCGGCUCAGACUACUCCUUCACGCCGGCCUUAGGGCUGGGAAGGUCUCCCACCUGCAGAGGUUGUAUGCGAUUUCCAAGUUGCUCGAAACCGCCCGACCUGUCGCGGUACUCCAUUUUGGGAGUAAUGGGGGAUUGCAUACAUGUUUACGAAUGCGUUUCUGCACCGGUGGCUGUUUGGGCUGUUUUUGUUUCUUCUCCCUCUCACUUAUAACCUAUAACUAUCUGGUCCAGGUCCGCUCCAUCCGUUCAAGGCAACAUUCAUGGCCGUCUUAACAGCUCACACAUUGGCCUACUGUUUCUUUCUGUCAGUUGACUCUGUCCCGAUAUGUCCCUCGUUUCUUGCGGGCAGUGUGGUCCUUGAACACACGGUCCAAUCAGGACGUGGUCUUUAUGCGUGUGGCUCUCGGAAUUACCUCCACUUAUGUUCAGAAUGCCGCUAGCAAGUAUAUACCAAUCUUUAAUAUGGCAACAUAUGUCUAUAAAAUGCGGA